AUCACAGCGCAUGGCAGAUCUCCCGGAAGAACGUCUCAAACCCGGCCCUCCCUUCACUCAGGUUGGCAUAGACUGUUUUGGGCCUUGGGAGGUGGUCAGCAGAAGAACCCGAGGCGGGACUGCUCAAAGCAAAAGAUGGGGAAUGAUAUUCUCAUGUCUCACGUCCAGAGCUGUCCACAUCGAAGUCAUUGAGGAAAUGAGCACUUCAUCAUGCAUUAACGCCCUGCGACGCUUCAUAGCCUUGCGAGGCAAAGUCGAAGUGUUUUGGUCUGAUCAAGGAUCAAAUUUUGUAGGAGUGAUGAACGACAAGCUCUUUCAGUCUUACCUUGAGAAGAAUGACACACAAUGGAAACUGAAUCCUCCCCAUGCCCCUCAUAUGGGAGGAGUUUGGGAAAGACUGAUCGGCGUGACCAAAAAGAUUCUCAACGGCAUCCUGCUCGAAACCAAACAUCAAAGUCUUACUCACGAGACACUAGUCACUUUUAUGACAGAGGUCAUGGCCAUAGUCAACGCUCGACCUCUCGUCCCGUUGACCUCCGACCCAGAGGAUACUUCCUUCCUCACCCCAUCAAUGUUGCUGACUCAGAAACAUGGAAGUAUCGAUGAAGUGAUCGUCGAAGACUCCGCUUCCAACAUGUACAGGGCUCAGUGGAAGAUGGUUCAAGUUCUCGCCGACCGGUUUUGGAAACAAUGGAGGCUCCGUUACCUCCAGAGUCUUCAGCACAGGCGUAAAUGGAUCAACCCGGAGAGAAACAUUGCAGUUGGGGACGUAGUGUUGUUGAGAGAUAAAGACAUCAGGAGAAACCAGUGGCCUCUGGGUAUUGUUGACGGUGUCAGUCCUGGAGAUGAUGGAUUGGUUCGAAAGGUGAAUGUCCGUUUGCCAUCAACUGGAAAGACGUAUGCCAGACCAGUGCACGAGUUGGUUCUGUUGGUGGAAUCUGGAUAACCAGAUGCCUUUGUCUUCGUAGGUGUGAAGUCAUUUGACGUCUAUUGGACGUCGGUGGGGAGUGUGCUGUACGCCUUUUUUGUUGUGUAUGCCUUCCAUACACAGGCGUGCCAUACUCAUGCUUAGAAGGGCAUCGCGCAUGCGCCUGUCUGUCUGAACCUUGUGGCAGCGGGGCUGUGUUUUUCAUGUUCGCGCAGUCUCGACAACUAUGUAAAUAGAACGUCUAAAUUAUGAGUGUUCUUAGAGUUUCUUGCCUUUUGUUCUGCAUCCACAUGUCCUUAUGAGUUACACAUUAUUCUGCAGUUUGGACAGACGUCGUGGAAGAGUAUGCUAGGUUUUCUAAACCUUCGUGAUUACAUGACACAUCCAUAGAGCUUCUGAUUUUCCAGGAAGAUUGGAAAUCCACAAGUCUUUUUACCGUAUCUAGGCAAGGGAGUAGUUCUGGAUUAAAGAUGAGUAAUUUCAACUCAAGUGUCUUCCAGUUUACUUCUUA